UUAUAUAUGUGUAAUAUUUGCAUCCGUAUAUUUUUUCGACUUAGCCGUUCUUAUCAAUCAUAUUUAGAAAUAUGCACAGCAAUAAUUUGAUAUUGUGCUUCCCGAACUAGAUAGCCUGUAACUUUAUCUACUAAAUGCAACAAAUUUUGCCCGAAUCUGAACAGCGGUUGUCUCAUAAAAGUAUUUUAGCGUUUUACAUGUCUUUCCGAAUAGUCAACAUGCGCGCCAUUGUGCCGCCCCACUACACAUUUUUUUUUUUUUACUGGCUGCCGGUUUUGACACACUCUUAAUUCAGCUGAUUUCAGUCACAGCUGCAGCUCGCGAGUGGGCCAAAAUAGAGUCUAUCAGCAAAGCGCCAUGACUCGCUACACAAGGUUUAGAAAUAGAAGAGAGGAAAAAGAAGAACGACAGGGAGGCCACGCCCUCGCGCGCUGGCACGCGAGCCCCACGCGACAAAGGAGAAUCUCUCUCGCGCUUUCGAACACGCAGCUAAUCGUGGCGGAUGCGCUUAGAACCAUCGCAGGAAGGAACGGCAUCGUCCUACUACCUGUCAUGGGGAUCAGUGUACCUGGCUGCAUCGAAAUUCACCGUCUCCUCCAAGGCUCCCUGUCAACCAUCUCGGAAGAGACGCCCUCCCGCAAGACGCCUUCGUCGAUUGCACUCGCCGCACUUCCAGAUGGGGCCAAGGAUGACGUGUCCUACACCUUCAGUAACUUGGCCAUCGAGGACGUCCUCCCAGGUAAUCGGGACCUUGUGCUCAAGCCGUGGUACAAGCUCGACGAACGCACUUGCGGCAGCCUCACAGGACAUCCCAGCAGGCUGUUCCCGAGGGCCGAGUGGUACCCACCGGUUGAGAUGGGCGUCAAGGACAUCGUGGCUCAGUGUAACACCAUGAAAGUACCAUGGACCGCGCAAGGAACCUGGAACCAGACGCUGGUAGCAUCGAGGUUCACCGUGCGCCUAAUAAUACAGAGUGCCCGAGAUCCGAGUACGCGUGGAGUGGAAGCGACCGCGACCAUGAGUGGCCAGUUCGUCGAGUGCGACCACGUGCCUUCGGCCGAGUACAGCCUCGACGUCUUCGGCCGCAGGCUACGCAUCCACCCACGUGACACGCUGCCGCGCGCGUUGACAAUGCUGAAAUCCACCAUGGCUGUGAGCAACGGCGACACUUACGGCGUGGCUGGACCAAGCAGCAGCAUUUGGAGGCUACACGCGAGGUUCGCCCCGAACGGAGUAGACUGCAGCACGGCAAUCACGACAGGAGUCGCCCGUCGUCUUGUGCGUCGCCGCACGUGUGGCUGCCGUUUGCUCGGCUGCACCUCGUCACAGCUGCAGCGGCACAACGGCCCGAAGCUCUGCAGGCGGCCUUAACGCCACGUCAGCUGUGCUUAUCCAAACUGAGUCACUGACCGUGCGUUCUCUGCUGACCACGUGACCAGCGACAUCAAAGUGCACUGCGUUCGCUGGCACGAUGGUCACACGAGACGUUUGGGGGCGCACUGCCGCCUCCACUAUGUUUAAGGGCUGGCGUGCCUGCGCAGGGUUUGGCGAGGACGUCCUCGGCAACCGCUGCGAGCUAGUCGCGGUGCCGCUAUCGCCUUGACUAAUGUACAACGAAACUGUGGCCCCGCUUCCGGCGAGUGCGUGGGCUUGUCUUUCGUAAUAUUCUUCAUUUUCUCAAUGCAUUGGUGUGAAAAUAGCGUUUUAAUAUGUGUUCAAAAUACAGUUUUUUGCGA